UCUAUUUUAUUUACGUAUAAAACAAUUAAAAUAUUAAGAAAUCAAAAUUUUUUAAUAAAAAUUUCGGACUUUUUCAAGGGUUAGAAAAGGUGCCCAAGAGGAAUUAUAGCGUUAUGGAUUGUUCUUCAUCUGAUAGCGAUCAUUCUUUUAUCAGUAUAAAAGACGGUGCUAUAAAUUCGAAUCUAGAUAAUGCCAAACAAAAUUUAGUUUUUUCUGAUGUACUGGAAAACAAUGAUCAUAAUGAAAAUACUAAAGUGGAAAAUACUAAAUACAAGAAAAUUAUAAACUGGAAGCCAACCAUUUCUCAGUCUAUUGAUGAUAAAGAAAUUCUAGAUUCUGCUAUUUCUAAGCAAAAUUGGAAGGGCAUACUAAUAUCCCUCCUGGUAAUUUUAACAGUCUGUUUUUUGAUUCUGCUUGCUAUCAUCUUAGUAACCCCAAAACAUGUGAAUGAACCAUCAAAAUCUCCGCUAUCAUUUCAAGAUUUUCUGAAAUUAGAAUUCGAAUUAAAAUCUAUUCAUUAUAAGUGGAUAUCAGAUAACCAGUUCGCUUACCACGAUCAAAAUCUUGGAAUACAAGUGUUCAAUACUUCAAAUAGAAUAUAUAAAACUGUUGUUAAUAACCAAUUUUUGAAAUCUUCAAACAUAAACGGUUUCGAUUUUUCGAUGGACUUGAAGUAUAUCCUUUUAGAAUACGAUAAAAAAUCGAUAUUUCGAUUCAGCUAUUCAGCUAAAUAUCUAAUAUAUGACGUAGAAGAUGGUCAAGUGAACGCUCUAGGUCCUCAAUACCCAUCACAAGAUAUAGAUGUAAAUUUGCGAUGCAUUAUCUGGUCUCCUGAAGGACAUGCUUUAGUUUUCGUUUAUGAAAACAAUAUUUAUUAUUUACCUGACGUUAUGACAACUCCAAUCAAAAUUACUAAUAGUGAUCCUAAUGAUCUAAUAUAUAAUGGUGUUCCAGAUUGGAUUUACGAAGAAGAAAUAUUAAUGUCACCAUGUGCAAUCUAUUGGUCUAUUAAUAGCGCUCUAUUCGCUUAUGUUCAAAUAAAUUUUUCUUCAGUACCUAAACAACCAAUUAUUGAAUAUGGAAGUAAAGAAAGGAUAUACCCAUUGGUCAAAUCUGUCCCAUAUCCUAAAACACAGAAAAUGGGACAAGCUCGUAUUGAAUACUUGACUAAUGGGGAUUACGAUGUAACAGAAUUAUCAGGAUUUGACAUCAAAAAUAGAAUUUUGUAUUAUAUAGUAAGUCCUGCAUUUAAAUCGAGUGCCAGGUAUAUUUACACAUUAAAGAUUGAUUCAAAGCCAUCUUCUAAUCAAACUGAAUCUUGUUAUAGUUGCUCAAGUGGGGUUAAAAAUUGCGAUUUCUAUUCACCAUUAUUUAGUGCUGAUUAUUCAUGGGCACUCUUUUGGUGUUUGGGUCCAAUCGUACCCACUGUGACUUUGCAUAAAUUAAUUGCAGAUGUAGACGAAUAUAAAAAGCAUUAUAAUAUAAGCCCAUAUGAAAAGAGUCAUAAACUUAUGAAUACAAAUCGAUUCCCAAAAAAAUAUAAUGCGACAGCAGUAAAAGAUUCUAUCUACAUAAUUUUAAACAACACUAAAAUGAAGCAAAUUAUAUUUGGUAAAGCUUUGCCUUCAACCAUAUAUAUGGAAAUUUCUUUGGCAAAUUACACACUUCCUGCUAAAUUACUAUUGCCUCCAAGUUUUAAAGAAAAUGGUUUAAAGAAAUAUCCUCUAAUGGUAGAAAUAUACGGGGGACCCCAAAGUCAAAUAGUGGAUUCACAAUUUAGUAUCUCUUGGAGUACUUUUCUUUGUAGUCAUUAUAAUGUUGUUAUAGCUAUGAUUGAUGGAAGAGGAACGGCUCAUAAAGGUAGGAGCUAUAUGGUGGGAGUUUAUAAACGCUUAGGUGACAAAGACUCUAUGGAUCAGAUUUUUGGCAUAAAGCAUAUUCUAAAGAAAUUUCCUCUCAUUGACUCUCAUAAUAUAGCCAUAUGGGGAUGGUCAUAUGGAGCCUUCUUAACAUCCUCAAUUUUAGCAAAACAAGAUAGUUUGGGACUUAUAAAAUGUGGGAUCGCUGUUGCACCUGUUACUGACUGGCGAUAUUAUGAUUCAGCUUAUAGUGAAAAAUAUAUGGGAUCUCUAUCAGAUAACAUAGAUACAUACCAAUUAUCUAGUAUUUUAGACAAAGUUGAAAAUAUAAAAUUUCAUAAAUUUUUAUUAAUCCAUGGGACAGGUGAUGAUAAUGUACAUUUUCAACACACCGCUCAAAUGAUCAAGUCAUUAGUUGAGAAAAAUAUAAUGUUCGAUUUAAUGGUAUAUCCCGAUGAAAAUCACGAGCUCCACAAUGUAAGAGAACAUUUAUAUUUGAAAAUGACCGAUUUUCUGAUCAAUUCAUGUUAUAACCAUGCCUUUCAGCCUCAUAUUGAUAUUAUAAAACAAUUUGAUUUAAUAAAUGAUCAACUACUUCAUCAGCAACAGCAAUCACUAAACGAAAAAAUUACUGAUUCUAAUGAUGAUUGA